AUGGCUUUCAACACCGAGUUGACGAGGCGGCUGGGCAUUCGAGUCCCGGUCGUACAAGGUGGAAUGAUGUGGGUUGGCUAUGCAGAGCUGGCCAGCGCAGUCUCGAAUGCUGGCGGGUUGGGCAUUAUCACCAGCUUAACGCAACCAACACCCGAAGACCUACGAAAAGAGAUCCGAAAAUGCAAGAAGAUGACCGACAAACCAUUCGGUGUAAACAUUACGCUCCUCCCGAACUCGAAUGCACCAGAUUACAUCGGCUACGGACAAGUCAUCGUUGACGAAGGCAUCAAGAUUGUGGAAACAGCAGGCAAUGUCCAGAUUAAAGAGGUGAUUGCAAAGGUCAAGGGCGAAGGAGGUGCACAGGUCCUACACAAAUGUACGACGAUCAGGCAUGCUCUCGCAGCUGUCAAGCUUGGGGUUGACUUCUUGUCGAUCGACGGCUUUGAAUGUGCUGGUCAUGUUGGCGAGACGGACAUCCCAAACUUCAUUCUACUGUCGAGGGCACGGCAAUCCCUUGGAGACAUUCCAUAUAUUGCAAGUGGUGGCUUCGCAGACGGCCACGGACUUGCAGGCGCUCUCGCUUUGGGAGCUACCGGCAUCAACAUGGGCACGCGGUUCAUGUGUACCCUGGAAGCACCAAUCCACCACAAUAUUAAGGAGGCCAUUGUCAAAUCCACCGAGAACGAUACGCAUCUUGUUCUACGAAGAUGGAAGAACACGAACCGGUAUUUCCGCAACAAGGUCACCGAAGAGGCCGCUAAGGUGGAGAGGGAGAGCACGACGGGCAAGUUUGAGGAGGUCUUGCCCUUAGUUAGUGGAGCGAGAGGCCGACAGGUGUAUCUUAAUGGAGACCCAGACUAUGGAGUCUGGUCUGCCGGUAUGUGUAUCGGUCUGAUCAACGACAUUCCCUCGUGCGAGACGCUUGUCAGCCGAAUCGAGCAAGAAGCGCUGGACGCAAUCAGGAGGCAGAAUUCGUACGUCAGUGAACGAGCGCGGUUGUAG